AUGCCAGACACCUCGCCUCCGCCAACCGCCAGGCGCUUCUCACCCACCCCAGUCGAAACAUCCAUCAAGAAAGUUCGUCGAUUCGCUCCUGAACCCGAGGAAACCACAACUCGGAGCAAUAGAGGACAGGAUGGACACGCCAUCGAGAGACUCAAGCCCGCCGCGGAUAAAAAUGGCUUGCCUCCAAAGCCCCGCUUCGCCCCGGAGCCUGUCGAGACCUGCUUCAAGAGCAGCAAGGCCCCGAACAGUAAACCUUUAUCUACUGCGGAGCCCACCCCAAACCCGAUUCCUGAGGAUACACCAGCGAGCGAGACCCCAAAACCCAGGAGACGGUUUGCUCCGCAAUUGAUUGAAACUUCGAAGAGGUCGAAGAAGGCUUGCGAUACCAGGCCAGCUACCCUUCCCACUGACAAGACCGAUUUGACGCCUGGAGUUCCUAAUAUAUACACUCGCCCCAAACGAAAAACCCCACGACCUCCUCUCCCCAUCCCCCCUGAAAAUACACCAACAUCCAGCUUCAUUCUACCCCAUGCCCCCCGCCGGCAGCCCUCAAUGCGUCCUCAUCCAAAUACAAGGCGGGGCACCCGACAGGACUCCUUUCAACCCGAGUUGGAGGCUAUACCAUCGGAAGAGUCAAACCGGAGUUCAGAAGAUGAGGAAGACGAGGAGUAUAACUGGAGCUUAAAAGACUCCACGCCGUCACUUACGGGGUCACUUGGGUCAUCCGAGGAUUCGUUAAUGAGAUUACAAUGGGCCAGGACACGGGAAAGCUGUGAUGAACGCUUCUCAGGAUAUCUACUUGCUCUGGCCGCAAAGGCUGCAGAGAAGCAGCUUAAAGAACAGGCCCUGGCUGCGUUUCCCAAUGAAACCUUUCACGAGACUGUGGAGCAUUUCUACGAUCGGGAAAUAGACGGGAAUUCAGAUGAAGACGUGGUAGAGGGUAUCGGGUUACUUGGGGACGACCCCACGCUGCCAAAUCUACAGCGCAAAUCUACAGACGGUGGAUGGGCAGUGGAGGAGAUGCAGCAGCAUCAGGAGAAGCUGAACCGCCUGAGGGAGGACGAAACGAACCAGAAAAUCGCCGACGAAGCCACCAAACCUACAUUCAACGACCCGUUCUGGACGAAUGGGAUGACGAUCAAAGCCGCCUUGGCCUCAGACACGCCAGUUAGUGUGAAGAAUGAGCCAGAGCUAGAACGCAUGCGCUCCGCUGCCGCACCGCCAAUGUUAGGCACAGACUUGACAUUUCGCAUGUGCCCAUCCCCAAAACAGACCAAACUGGAGUCCGACCAGCGCCCCGAUGUGCAUCUCCACCGGUGCGAGGAUGGUGGAGGUCUCUGGGGCGGGUAUUGCAUCGCAGAGGAGCCCGGGGAACUUCUGAGACCCAGCUGCAGAGGACCGCCGGGAAUCCGCACCCCGCACCCUGAGCGGGAGGACCCGGUUCCCUCCGCCCUCACCAACGCCACGACGAAUGGCGACCAUGAUAGCUGUGGCACAAUGCUCUCUUGUGUUGGCGACAGACUGGUUGCCGAGGAAGCAGUUCUCGAGGAGUUCAACGACACAUUCGUCACACAGGUAUACAACUAUCUCUCGUUAGGCUAUCCAGCCCUGGCGCGGCAGUACGACGAGGAGCUGGCUCGCGUGAGUCACAUGGAGGUCGAAUCUCUAAGGGCCGAGGAUCACAAGAGAAAUGCAAAGGGGCAUAUUGGUCUCGUUGAUGCUCCUGGCGUCAAUUCUAGCAAAUCAGGAGAUCAGCCUAAGUGUCCGCGGUGGAAAGCACUCCGAGUAUAUGUCCUGGAAUGGGGCAGACAGCAUCCCAGUAUGUCGAAUGGUGCAAUGGAUCAUAGCACUUGGGGUGUUCUAGCAAGGCGAGGAAGCUGGGCUAUUUGA